AUGGCCAAAUCUAAAGAAGCUUUCUGUGACUUCGUCACACUCCUGUACUUCUCUACAGUGCGAACAUUUGGCUUCUCUUAUUUCGUGAAGGAAGAAGGCCGAGUCUGUAUGUCAUUCUGUCUCUUAGAGGAGAAGUUGGCUGUGAGAAAAGAGCGGUGGAUGCACUUGUGUCACAGACUGCACAAGAAAGACGGACAUUGCAGAGUUUGCCCGUUUGACACUUUCCUUCUGGUCAAGGUGCCAUGGCUGCUGGUACGCAAGCCCCCUGGUCAAGCCCAGUCGUUCUUGAAUUUCAUGGGUGACGGUGACGCCAUUCUUGUUGUAGUGUCAUGCUUGAGGACAGGUGCAGGGCCCCCAGAAUGA